AUGGCAGGAAGCAGCUCGGACGAUACAGAGAUCCUCGUCCAUAUCACGGCACCAAGUCGGUCAGCCGAUGAUGCCCUCUACCGUCAACUUGCGCAGGCAUAUCUCGCAUUUAAGCCUCAGAAACGGACAGAGCUUUCUUUGAUAUCGUCGCAGGAGAGGGAGGAGCAAUGCGCCGCCACAACGCAGGAUGCAGGGGCACCUUCGCCCAGCCAGGCCCAGGCAGGAGCUUCGUUCGGACGUUCUUUUGAAAUCACUUCGCAGGAUAUGAGCUUUGAAGGAGCUGUGGAUAACCGUGCUUCACCACGUCUUCCUCAUACAACAGUGGCUCAGGAUAUGAUUCCUUCUUCGGAUGAUGUCGGGUUUGGGUCAGUCAACUCCUGGUGCGCGCCCCCGAGUCAGAUCAGCGACUCUUAUCCUAUGCCCGAUGCUGGUUUGUUAAGUGUUUCGCCGUCUCGGAUUCUUCAAAGCUAUAUCGGAUGGACUCAGUCUUCUCAAACCUCUCUUCCAUAUUCGUCACCAAUCGCUUAUACGCAAAGUGUCCCUGAUCCUGGGCGAGGCUUAAAUAUAACAUCUUCGCUACCUGUCCCCAGUCAGGAAGAGUCGCUGCCACUUGAGCCGCCCAGGUUCAUAGAAUCCGGAGAUGUUAUCCCAACAACACAGGAGCAUCAAGAAAUCAAUGUUCCCAUCCCAUCGGCCAAUACUGAAAUAGUAGCCUUUGAACAUCUAGCGCCAGAGAUCACGCAUGUGACAGCAACCGCGGUUAGUAACCGCUCACCACUUCGAUCGCCUCGUGCAGGAUCAGAGCCUCCUCCAGCAAAACGGUACAGGAUCAGUCAGAUGGAACAUGGCGACCUGGUUCGAAGCUCCAGCGAUACAGGCCCAGCACUCUCAGCAAGGAAUUCGCAGGCAGACCAAGUCAACAGCAGUCUAGAAAUUCGGCCACCGUCACCACCUGUUGGUGUCAAGGAUAUCAGUCCUGUAGAUCUGAUCCCAGAGAAGUUUGCAAAACUCGCGCACGACUUGGGGUCAAGAUACCGCCCCACGGUAAGAAGGGAUAUCGACCCUUUUGAAAGGGGCUACUGGCUACUUGACUGCAAAGAUUGGAGUGCAGAAGCUCGGUUUAAUGCCUGGGUAUUUCUUAACAACUAUCUCAAGAGUGGCUUAGCUGGCUGGGGUGCUUGGUGCCGUCGAGACCCAAGGCAUGACUGGAUUCGUUUAUACUGUUGGGGACAUGCUACAAAACACACAUACCUUCUUCUGUACCUUGCCAGUGGGAGGCAGGUCAAGAUAACUGGUGUAAAAUGGCACGACGCAGGUAGUGAGGUGGUUCUAGAAAUCCCGCCUUAUGAGAAGCAGGGAUGA